AUGACCUCCGCGCUGUCCAAUAUGGGCCGACAGGGCCUCUCAUCGAGGCAUCAGCCACCGAGCGACUUCGUCGAGCCUGAUGAACUCCGGACAAGCUUUGCUCUCGCCAUGUCGCAAAUGUAUCGAAACGAAGUUCCACUCUAUGGAGAUCUAAUUCGCAUCGUGCAGGAUGUGAACCACUCAGUCAUCACUGCACAAGGGCGUGACGGCGCCGUCAGGAGUUCCGCCGAGCUUGAGCGACUCACACUCGAGCGCCAUGGUGCUAUUCGGCUUGGCACUCCCGAAGAGCUUCUCACGGUCAAGCGCAUCUUUGCUUUACUGGGAAUGCAAGCCGUAGGAUACUAUGAUCUUUCCGUGGCUGGACUCCCAAUGCAUGCUACCUGUUUCCGACCCGUUUCUACCAUAUCGCUUGCACGCAACCCCUUUCGUGUAUUUACAACACUCCUCCGCCCAGAGCUUGUACAGUCCGACAACGCCCGAGAUCUAGCGUUGCAGCUUCUAGAAAAGCGCCAGAUCUUCAGUCAAGACCUUCUGAGAAUUCUCGAUGUCGCCGAGACCCAAAACCUCCGCCUGACAUCUGAUCAGGCGGCAACGCUCAUCCGUGAAGCGCUGUACACGUUUAGUUGGAAACCGGUCGCAGCUGCAACCUAUGCCGAGUACCAGAUCCUCAGAGCCGAGCAUCCUAUUCUGGCCGAUAUAGCCUGCUUCAACUCAGCUCACAUCAACCACCUCACGCCAAGAACUCUCGACAUCGGCGCUGCACAGAUUGCCAUGCAGAAGGAAGAUAUGGACACCAAAGACAGGAUCGAAGGACCGCCUAUUCGGGCAUGCCCUAUCUUGCUGCGUCAGACAAGCUUCUUGGCUCUCGAGGAGGCGAUUCGCUUCAAGACAGACGAUGCCGGCGAGCGGCUCACCAGCGGCUCGCAUAAGGCGCGGUUUGGAGAAAUCGAAGAACGCGGCGCUGCAGUCACCCCUGCUGGGAGGGAUCUCUAUGACCGGCUCUUCAGUGAAGCCAUGUCAGCUGCCCGCGGACUAAGUCCCGAGGCAGCUGACGCGAUACUGGCCAAGGCAUUCCAGAGAUACCCUGACACGUGGAAAGAACUUCGCCAGCGGGAGCUAGUCUAUUGCGAGUACCGUUGUACUGGAAAGGCCCUCUCACCAUCCCUUGAGUCGGGCGAGAUCUCAGAGAGCUUGGUGGAACGGCUUGUUGAGCAGGGAGUACUAGAAGCCGUGCCGAUAACUUAUGAAGACUUUCUCCCUUUCUCGGCAGCUGGCAUCUUUCAGUCUAAUCUGAAAGGGAAUGCUCCCAAGGCCAAGCUAGAGCAAGAAGUGCCCCAGCCAUGUCCCGAUCUACCUGGCAUGGAGAAGGCACUGGGGGGCUCCGUUCUAGACCCAGAUGAUCUGUACUCGACGGCUCAAAGGGAGAGCCUGAUAUCUUGUGCACGCAAGCUUCGGGCCUGA